GCAUAAUAUAUUUCUCCUGCAGUAGCUCCAGUUGGCACGGUUUUUUUCUCUCCAAAUAAUCUAUGACUGGACUCAAUCACAUCAUCUGCGAAGUAUCUCCGAUAUAGCCAGAUAGCCGUAGUUGUAUCCGGAUUCCUUCGUGACAAAAAUUGUUGACUCCGUCUUGCCAAUCUCUGGUCUUCCCGUUUCCCUGACGUAGUGGAUUUUCGAAUCUUUCUACUGCCAAAAUGAGGCUUCCAGCAUGCUUGCUAUCUCUUGCUAUUGGUGGAGCGCUCGGCGGCAACCCACUAUUGGAACGCAUGGAGACGUUGCGCGAUGCAUCUUCAGAUGGCAUUAUUCGGUACAAUAGAUUGUUGAGGAGUAUAUUGAUUACUUGCCUUAUUGAAGUGAAAACCUUUCUCAUUCUCAAAUACCCCUUUUUUAAUGAGAAUGGUUUUCACUUCAAUAUGCCUAUUCUUCAUUGUAAUUAGAUGAUGAUACUUUUACCUCAAGAAUUCAUCAUCCUGCUGCUACAGCGCAAUGAAAGAAUCAUGUAAUACCUCUUCAGUUGUUCACUGGCACAAGUGCUGAAGAUUACAGAAUGUUACGCUUACUUCACCAGAAGAAGUUGGUUCAAACAUCACAACCCAACCCUUCAUUACAACCCUGCUCAAAACAGUUUUUCUAGCCGCAGUGAGUAUCAGGAGCUCGUGGUGGGCAGCCCAGACGCCGAAGGGUCCAAAGGAUAUCACGUCAUCAUGCUGUACACAAUAUUAAGGUCAGUUUUUAUCCAUCCCUCCCAGCAUCUCGAUACCCCUCUCCGUUGUAUUUCAUGGGAAUGGGGUCGAGAUGAGGGGACCGAGAUGGGUAAAAGCUGACGCUAACAAUAGCACAAACAUCCAGCUGUCCUGGAUGUGGGCCUAUGCUUGACGUCUUCCAACGCAUUGCGGCAUCUUUUGACAAGCAACGUGUUUUCUUUGGACUUGCGGAAGCAGGACCGAUUACCGCGAUGCAUCAGAUCGUCAGGGUACUACUAGGUCUCGUACUGUACUAGUUGGAUUAAUAUUAUUACCGCGAUGUAUGUGUAUCUAAUUGUAAUCGCCAGGUUACAAAAGCCUCUUGUUGAAAUGCUCGUGUACUCAUAGAUGAAUGCGCAGCGGGUUACUCCCGUAAAUGAAAAAAUCGUUUUGCCUGCUCAGUUCUUGCUGCAGUUGUAGAGAAGGGGUGCAAAUUCAUAUAACAGGUUCCUCAUGUUACGCACGUCGGUGACGACUUCGCGAGCACGUUUGAAGUAACAUCCGCUGGCGGAAAAAAACGAAAAGGCAAGAACGGUGGCGCAGAGGAUUUAUGAUCUCAUUUAUCUGACAUCGUGAUCAUGAUCUCGAUUAUUUGACACUAGUUGUAUGUCAACAUGCUGUAGCAGGGUUAGUGAGAGUAGAAGAACAAAAUUGUUGACGACAGGUAUACAAAUGUGUGUCUAGUAUUACUAGUCCGAGUACUGAUACUAGCAUUUGAAUAGCUGCUGCAUCCAAGAAAUAUCUGGCAAGAUGAGCACCCUUUUUUUCGGUGAGUCUCGCAAAGGCGAGGCACCGAGCAAACGAAACCAUGAGAAUUCUGCCUGAACACAUUGCAAAUUUCAUAAGUCUCGCUAAACACUUGGUGAUCAGCCAGUUACGCUGUCUUUUGAAAAGUGAUCAGCUAAAAAAAGAAGCGUAAUUACAGGUUCUUUGAUCAGACUAGUGCUUUGUUGAUUUGAUCACCUUCCAGAAGAUUACAGUUCGAAAGAAUAUUCCCAAGGAUCCCUUUUUCAUACCAUUCGUACCAAUUCCAACAUCGUCGGCAGUAUCAUGGUGCCGUUCCCGAAGCAGACCGAUUGCUUGCCUGGACAAACGCGGCGACGCGACACAAUAUGAAGUUGCAGCAAUCUUUCAUAGAGCAACUCAAUGCCCUCUUCGCAUUGCUCUUUUUGCUGACGCUGGGUGCCUGUGUUUAUGACUGGAUACAAUCAUGAGUCAAUGUUGCAUGAUCUUUAAGGACAUGAAUUUCUUUUGAUGAUGAACAAGAAAUUUGAAGUUCCAUCUAUGAGGACAGACAACAAGUUGUUGUUUUCAUUUUUGGAUCAAGAUCUGCUUAGAAAUAACUAGGCAGUAAGUAAGAAAACCGUGAUCAUCACAGAUGUUGAUCACUUGGGAUGGGUCUCGCCUUUUUAUACAUGACAUGACCUGCUCCUGUGGUUCCCUUUCAUCUCCUGCUCCGAGCCGCUCUGUGGCUGCUGCAAAAUGUACCGGAAGUGAUGUUAAGGCUACCGCUGACGCAUCCUCAACGCCAUCCUUGGCUUCUUUUCCAAGGGGAAAAAGAAGUGUCCAAGGAUAUGGCUCCCAAGUUGAUGUAAGUACUUAGUAACUAAGCAGUUUUAGUUUAUUUAGCAAGUAAAUGAAUGAAUGAAGGAUGACGCGACGUGGUAGCUCUAAUGAUGGCGGCCGGCGCCAUGCUGAUUUCAUUGCUGGGGAUGUCCGGUUUAAUGUGGAAUAUCAUCAAUGCGCAGAUGAAACUAUUCGGACAGGAUCCCCGUACCGGUGUCACUGAGUGGGUACUAUUAAUCAUACGCAAAUGCUAUUAAUAUAAUCAUGACGUAUUUUUAUCAUAGCAGUCGUACUAAGUAUAUUGAGUGUUACUUUUAAGGGUAUGAUUGGACAUGUCGCAUAUACAUCGCAGAUAUUAGAACGGACGCAAAUUAUAUGCUAUUAUACUUACGCAGUUUUAUGUUCUGGUCCCUCGAUCAUCGAGUUCAAUUAGGGUGGAAAUUUAGAAUUUACAAAAAUUUCUUCUCCAGUUUGUUCCCUCUUCUCGGGGACAGCAUCUCGGCGAGGGGCUUUUAUUCGGAUCCGCUUUUGUGGCUGUGGGCUCUGGACUUGUCUUUAUCGCAAGAUGGCGACCACAGAUCGGGCCAAAGACCCAGCGCCGCGCUCGCAAUGACGAACUUCUCUACCGCGCUCAGCAGACGUUUGGCGUUUUGCUGGCUGCGGUCGUCGUCAUGAACUUUGUUUAAGGUCUCAAAGAAAUGGAAAAGGUGAUAGCAUGAUAGGUGACAGAUUGUAUAGCUCCUUUUAUUUUUCUUGGUGAUGAAAAGAAACUUAUACUCAACAGUACCGAGUAGAUGUAGUAUACUCGGAAGUACUCAGAAGUAGUAUAGUACUCGGAAGUACUCAGUACUGUACUCAGUACUGAUGUGAUACUAGGAAAACGGUUUUAUAUUUCAUAACCGGGCUUCCAUUCUUGCAAUUAUAGUCCUUCAUUUUUGCAACAGCACGUAUCGAAUCAAAAGCGGGUGGGCGAUGGAGACCCCAUUUUUUCCGCCAAGUCAUUUCAAGACUGGGCGCAUCCAGAACGAUCAGGGCAUCUCCUUUUAGAGGAUUUCUUCGCUCCUGUUAGAGGGUCUUCUUGUCAUGUGAUAUGUGAAGGGACCAGGACUAGGAGGACGAGGGGGAUGGUCAGGAAGUGGCGAUGUAUAUCGCUCCUGUUAAUAAAGGGUCUUCGACGAAGAACAAGACAGUGAUGGAGCGACUUGUGGACAAAGCACGCAUAGUUCUAAAUAUGAGGCUGAAUUGAAGCGGGAAGCACGCAUAAAAAGUGGGUUCUAUGGUAACGAGAGUGAGAAAGCAAUAUCGGGAAGAGACUGUUGAGGGCAGAUCAACAGCAGGUAGGCUUAUAAUUUGAAGAUGAAGCUCAUGGAACUCCUGCGCUAUCGAAUGAAUGCUUUCCUCUUCACUUACAUGUCUCACGAUUUGUUCUACUACACGAAUUUAUCAUUUUUUUCAACUAUUCCACAUGACUAAAAUUUGUAACAUGUUGCGGAAAAUAUUUGAUAAUUCUUCACCUGUCAGUCUAACUUGGAAUUGAAUUAAUUGGUAAUCCAUAUUUGAGCACAUAGAUGUCGCCCAUGGUAUAUCUUGUUGUAUAUUACCUCUCAUCGUGUCUUAUGAUUGAUGAAUUGCACGAUGUCUUGGUGUUUAUCGUUGACGUGCACUCAGUCAUUUAAUUUUUUGUUUGUAAACUCGCACUACGCUGCUCAGUGUGUCAAAGCUACCGAUAUAGGAGUGUGGAAGUUGUAAAGACUUUGAUUCUGCUGAAUGAGAUACGUCUAUCUAUCUUUAUACUGAAAUAAAUCUAACGAUUCGAAUCCGGGGCAGUUAUGAUUUCUCGUGUAUACUGUGUCUCGCCUCGGCAAUUGACGAUCUAAGACGCAAAAUGAUGACGACUUGCUGUGGUGGUCCUUGUCAUGCUUGUAAUUAUGAUACAGAACAGAAGCAGCUGAUGUAGCAAGCCCAAAGACGAAAUCUAGCGAAAUCUUGAACUAGUAAAUCCGACAAGCAGACGACUGUGAGCCUCUUGAUCGCAAGCACAGCGUCAAUGUAUCAUCAGCCCUGCACCAAGGAAGAUUAAUGCAGAAGGAGUACUAAAAUGAUCCUGUCCUCGUGGACCACAC